AUAAAAAUUAAAAAACGUGAAAUACGGAGGUUGUGUAAUUGUGCAAUAUGGAAAAAUAUGCAAACAAUCUUACAAAUUAGCAAUUAGAUUAGAAAUUAUUAGUUUUUUUUUACAAAAAAAUAGAAAUGCGAUGUCGACUCAACAAUUUUUGGCUUGUGUUUUCACAAUAAGAUUACAUCAAUAAGUCAUUGAAAAUAUUACUAAGAUUUUGAAGAUGUUUAAACAAACACGGGUAGUAACUAAAUUAGUACGAUCUAUUAAUACGACAUCACAAAAUCAAAAGAGCCACUAUGAUGUACUUGGGAUUACUCCAAAAGCUACGCAAGGUGAUAUCAAAUCAGCCUACUAUAAACUGUCAAAAAUUUACCAUCCGGACAAAUCAAGUGAUGAAGAGUCUGCAAAGAAAUUUCGUGCUAUAACUGAAGCUUAUGAGAUUCUUUGUAAUAUUAAGUUAAAAAAAAUGUAUGACAAAGGUCUAUUGGUGGGUCAGGAAAAUACAUCAAGGAUGCACCCUGAGCCGGAGCCUCUGGAUCCAACUUCAAAAUUCUACAAAUCUAGAACAGUCAGAAAUGUUGCACCAACUAUGGAUGGACGAACACCUAUUUAUGACUUUGAUGCUUGGUCAAAAAAUCACUAUGGGGAAUUAUUCAAUAAGUCUCAAUAUGACAAAGAUUUGCUUUCAAAGAGACAAGCAAAGCAGAGGAACGAUAAGAUUUAUGCCGAGCAGGAGGCUGCAAUUUAUGUAGUGUUUAUGGUGACAGGCCUGAUCAUUGCAUUUGUUGCAUAUGGAAAAGACAAUUUCGAUUAUGAUAAUAUACAAAAAAAAAGUAAACCAUCAGAAAGCAGCAACGCCCCAAACAGUUGACUCUACAUUUUAGGUAGUCCUAAUUUAUUUGAACAUAGUACAUUCUUAAUAACAUUCACUAAUUAGUUUAGUGUGAUAAAAUGUAAAUAGAACACUAUUUUUGUUGAAAUAAAAGUUUUAUUUUAAA